CAUUGAUUCUUUUGAGUUCUCGCAAACAAGUUGGUUACCAGUUUAAUCUUGGGAGGAAAGUAAAAAAGUUCUUAUUCGUACGAAUCGCUUCGUCUGAACAGAGUAUUUUAAGCGUGGCUAGUGAAUCUAUACUGUUACGGUUUCAGCUUUCAUUCUGGAGAGAGGGGAGAAGAUUUAGGUUUACUGGGAAUGGAUCCGGAGUCUGGUGGUCAGAGUCGGGAUUCUCGUUGGAAAUUGCACAAGACCACUCUAUUGCUAGCCUACCAGAGUCUUGGGGUUGUUUAUGGCGACCUUAGCAUAUCACCCAUCUUUGUUUUCACGAGCACAUUCUCAGGCAAGUUGCAUCUUCACGAGGAGGAGGAAGAGAUUUUUGGGGUACUUUCUCUGAUUUUCUGGACUUUGACUAUAAUACCACUGUGCAAAUACGUUGUACUUGUAUUAGGAGCAGAUGACAAUGGAGAAGGUGGAACCUUUGCCUUGUAUUCAUUACUCUGUCGGCACUCUAAGUUGGGCCUUCUGAGCACAUCCCAUUCUGCACAUGAUCAUAUACCUGACUGUAGCACUGGAAGUUCCCUCAAGGUUACAAGAACAAGUGGACGUCUGAAGGAGUUCUUUGAGAAGAGUCGUGGAUCUCGUAUUGUAUUGCUUCUGGUUGUGCUUCUAGGGACUAGCAUGGUUAUUGGUGAUGGGGUCCUCACUCCAUCAAUGUCUGUCCUUUCUGCCGUUUAUGGUAUGCGAAUUAAGGUUCCACAUUUACAUGAGAAUUAUACCAUAUUUAUUGCCUCAGUUAUUUUGUUGGGCCUUUUCGCUCUCCAACACUAUGGAACACACAGGGUUGGCUUUCUUUUUGCUCCAAUUUUGGUAGUUUGGCUUCUAUGCAUCAGUGGAGUUGGCAUUUAUAACAUAAGACGUUGGAACCCAAAUGUUGUCACUGCUCUGUCACCAUAUUAUGUCUUUAACUUCUUUAGAAAAGCUGGAAAAGAUGGGUGGAGUUCACUUGGAGGUGUUGUUCUGUGUGUUACAGGUGCUGAGGCUAUGUUUGCUGAUCUUGGUCAUUUCUCCCAUCUUUCUAUAAGGCUAGCAUUUGUGGGAUUUGUUUACCCUUGCUUAGUCUUGGCUUAUAUGGGGGAAGCUGCUUAUCUCUCCAAGCACAAAGAAGAUCUUGAAAGGAGUUUCUACAGGGCCAUCCCUGAGAGAAUAUUUUGGCCAGUAUUUAUUAUUGCAACUCUUGCUACAGUUGUGGGAAGUCAGGCAAUUAUUUCUGCUAUUUUCUCAAUUAUUAGUCAGUGUAGGGCACUGAGGUGUUUUCCUCGUGUAAAGAUUGUACACACUUCAAGUCAAAUACAUGGACAGAUAUACAUACCAGAGAUCAACUGGAUACUGAUGGUCUUAUGCCUUGCUGUUGUAAUUGGCUUUAGAGACACUGUCAUGAUUGGCAAUGCAUAUGGUCUCGCAGUCAUCAGUGUAAUGUUUGUUACCACCUGCUUGAUGUUCCUCAUCAUUGUUAUGGUUUGGAAUCGAACAGUUAUCUUGGCAGCUGUAUUUGUGAUUUUUUUUGGAUCCUUAGAGCUUCUAUACUUCUCUGCAUGCCUCUCAAAAGUUCACAAUGGAGGGUGGCUUCCUCUUAUUCUGUCUAUGGUAAUUUUGUUUGUGAUGUCUAUCUGGCACUAUGGGACUUCAAAGAAGCAGGACUUUGAAUUGCAGAACAAGGUUCGCAUGGAUAAUUUCCUGGCACUUGGACCAAACCUGGGUAUUGUUCGAGUUCCUGGAAUUGGUCUUAUCUACUCAAAUGUGGUCUCUGGGCUCCCUCCAAUGUUUGAACGCUUUGUGACCAAUUUUCCUGCUUUCCACCGUGUUGCUAUCUUUGUCACUGUGCAGUCUCUGAUGGUUCCAAAAGUUCCAGGCAGUGAGCGUUUCCUUGUGAGCUGUAUUGGUCCACCAUAUUUCCAUCUCUUCCGGUGUCUUGUCAGGUAUGGGUACAAGGAUAUGAGAGAUGACAACUAUGAUUUUGAGGUCCAGUUAAUUAGAAAGGUGGAGGAGUUCUUGCGGAAUGGGAAUGAUGAAGCUGAUAGAUCCGGACUCCAGGGAGUUGAAAUGGAACCAAUUAGGAAGCCAUCAAGCCCAGUAGUGGAUGCAUUGACAGUGGGACCUGAGAAUGGUGGUGUGGCUGGGCGGCGGAAGAAAGUGUCAUUCAGUAAUGUGGGAGUAGUGUGUGAGGAGCUGAGGGAAUUGGCAGAGGCAAGGGAAUCUGGGGUGUCAUACAUGAUGGGCAAUACAACUGUUGUUGCAAGCGAAUCGUCAUCUCUGGUUAAGAAGUUUGUGAUUAACAUUGUCUAUGGGUUCUUGAGGGGGAACUGCCGGCGCCCAGCAGUUGCACUUGGGAUCCCUCCUACCUCACUGAUUGAAGUUGGCGUUGUUUACACUGUGUGAUGGCAGUAUGCUUCUUUUGUUUUGAUUUUAGUACCCAGCUGAAGCUUAUGGUUGCUGUACAUCCACAAAAGAGGAAAUGGAAGGGGAAAGAAAGGUCCAUUUACAGUAAUUGGAAGCAAGCACAGGCCUUGUACUAUGGGACCUUGUAAAGCGGUAACUUUUGGGGUUGUGGAGGGUUACCAUGAGGGUUUUGGAUCAUAAGAAUGAGAAACGAGGGCGAUGCAUAUAGGAAGCUUCUGAACUUGGAAAGAUCAUACUGGUCAAAUUUUAUUUUUUUUGUAGGGAUAGGGAUGAUUUUAGGAUUCAGAAAGUAGCUGUUAUAUCAACCUAUGUUCUUUCUUCGACCCCUGUACAGUUCACAAACAGGUUAAUAUUCCUUUACAA